AUGUCAGCUCAAGACUACUACAGUGGCGGCGGAGGCAGUGGUGGCGGCUACAACCAGCAGCAGCAAGGCUACGGACAGCAACAAGGCUACGGGCAACAAGAAGGCUAUGGGCAACAAGAAGGCUAUGGGCAACAGCAGGGCGGCUAUCCUCAGCAGCAACAGUACUCACAGGGCUCCAACUACGGUUCCCAACAGCCCAGCCACGAUAACCGCGACCAGUCCUACGGUCAACACCAAGGCGGCCAAUACGGCGGAUCCAACGCCUACCCCGGCGGCCCAGGUGGACCUGGCGGACCCGGAGGACCUGGAGGACCCGACGGCGAACGAGGACUGGGUGCUUCACUCGCCGGAGGUGGUGCGGCUGGGUGGGCUGCCCAUUCUGCCGGCAGUGGUCUCCUAGGCAGCCUUGCCAGCGCUGCGGCCGGUGCCAUUGGUGCAAACUUCAUCGAGCACAAGUUCAAGAAGCACAAGAAGGAGAAGAACAAGAAGCACCACAGGGAUGGACGUGCUCGAGCUUACACCGGCGACUCAACCAGUAGCAGUGACUCCGACUCUGGUGAUGAUCGACGCCGAAGUGACGACCGCCGCCGACGUAGGGACGAGGAUCUCGCCUACGGCAAGUCACAGUAUGACAACCAACCCAGCCACGGAGGUUCCAGUCAUCAUGGCGGUUCACAUGGCGGUUCAUAUGGUGGCCAGCAGGGCUACGGCAACCAGGGAUACGGAGGACAGGGCGGAUAUGGAGGUCGAUACUAA